AUGUCGGAGAUAUCUGAUGCGAUGUCGAUGGAAGAAGCAAUCAGCAACACCUCACCACCAGAAAUUUCACCCAUACCAGAAAGUCCAAGUGAAGAAUCCAAUCAUGUUAAAUUGAUAUCUUCAACAUCGAUUCCUUUCGAUACUCAACGAUGCAACAGUUCUCCGUCGAAUCUUACCGACACGAACAACAAUACCGAAACCUUUCCAUCGUCAGAUUCUGCUAAUUCAACAUUGUUCGUUGUUACAUCUCCCUCAUUCAAUUCCGAUCUUUCGUCUGAACAAAAUGAUGACGUCAAUCAAUUAGACUCAUCGUCAGUUUCAUAUCUUCAAAGCAAACAACGUCGAAUCGAUCAUAGAAGGAAUAGGAGUGAACCAGUUAAAAGCCAAAGUACUGAAGAUCUCUCUUCAAACAGUGUCAUCAAUAAUGAUUCUUCCAACAACAACACUCCAACUGAAAUUCGAAAGAAAUCUACUGCUGCUACAACUCCAUCAUCAUCGUCGUCAUCGCGAAAGAAGAAGGCUUGGUAUAAUCCAUUUCAGUCAACGUACCGUCAACGAUACGAAGAAUUUCGUAAACUCUUCAAAGAUGUCCCAGACGAGGAACGAUUGAUCGUUGAUUAUUCCUGUGCUUGGCAAAAGGAUAUCUUAGUGCAAGGUCGAGUAUAUUUAUCACAGAAUUAUUUAUGUUUUUAUGCAAAUAUACUCAAUUGGAAGUCACACUUAUGUUUAAAAUUCGACGAUAUUGUUGGUAUAACUCGUGAGAAAACUGCCAAAGUCAUUUCCAAUGCUAUUGAAAUUAAAACAAACAAAGGCGAGAAAUAUUUCUUUGCAAGCUUUGUAACACGGGAUAAAACCUAUGCAAUCAUGCAUCGAAUAUGGCAAGCAGUCACUGAGAAUCAGCGAAUUUCUUCACAACAACUAUGGACAAUGAUUCAUGAAAGUUAUGGUGAUGAUCUCGAUAUGACGACAGAUGAUGAUGACAGUUACCGUAAAUCAGCAUUAAAUUCUCCAUCAGAUAAGCCAUCAUCCAAAUCGCCAUCGCAAUCUUUGGAUAAAUACGAUCGUUUAACUCCGAAUUCAAUUCUUCCAACUCCACUUCCACAACAAGAAGAUGACCAAUCAAGUGUCUCGUCGCGUGGUGAGCAUGCGUCUGAUGAUGAGGGAAUAAUUCCAAUUGGAGAAGAAGCACGAACGAAUACACUGAUGCGUCGACCGCAAUUGACUUCUACCGAACCAAGCAUCAGUCCAACGUCUGAAGUCCGCUAUCUAACAAAAUGUCAUUGCCAAUCACACUUAGCAACUGAACUAAUCAAUCGAACGUAUCCAAUGUCAGUUGAACAUCUAUUCGAUUGCAUAUUUGGUAAUAAUCAAUUCCUUGUUGCCUAUCGGGCGUCACGUCGUAUCAAAGAUUUUCAUUCGGUUGAAUGGAAAAUGAAUGAUGAAACCGGAAAACGUGAACGAGUAUGCACUUAUAAAGUAACAGUUUCUGCCGUUUUUGGAUCGACAACAAUUUGUUCAAAUGAAAGACAAAUUAUCGACUGUGAACAACCGAAAUCACAUUAUAUGCUCGAUACUGAAGUUCGAAAUGAAGGAAUUAAAUACGCUGAUUCAUUCUUUGUAGCAUCUCGCUAUUGUCUGGUACAAACAGGCCCGAAUAAAACUCAUCUAAAAGUCACCUGUGAGGUCCGGUAUGUCAAGAGUCUAAUGGCAAUUAUCAAAACGUUCAUCGAAAAAAAUGCCUUGGCUGCUCUUCAAGAUUCAUUUACUGAUCUGAUGAAACGUAUUGAUCAAGAAUCUUCCAGCAAACCUCGAGCUCUUAGCAUUAGUAAUAAUAAUGAAACACCAAAUGUCGCUGAAUCACCGUCAUUACCGACGAGACGGCUGUCACGGCAACAACAACCAGAUGAACUUUUAUCCUCUGUCAAUGAUCUUUCCAUAAACUCUCAAGACGACGACAUGGAGCCCAUUCAUGAUCAAAAACGUGCAGAUGCUGUUAUCUCAGAUUUAUCUCGGAAUAGUGUCUUCAUCCCAUUCUGUUUUAUCACAAUGUUACUUUUACUAAUUGUCAAUAUAUUUUUAUGUAUCAAAUUGAAUCAAAUCGAUCAAAUGACCGAACGCCUUGUACAAAGUUAUCCAUCAUGGUUGAACCAAUACUCAUCUGAACAGGAUGAAAAUCAAUGGUCAUUUCUGUUAAAAAGACAAGAAGAGUAUUAUCAAACGCAACUAAACAGUCUACAUUCAGUUUUAACAACAACGCACCGUGCUUUGAGGAAUGUAACGGAAACGUUGCAUCAAUUGUCGAAGUUAAGCAGUGGAUCAAGUUGA